GGCCCAGUAUCCGCUCCAAUCCCCAAUUUCCCUCAACAAAUUCAAAAUCCCCAACUGAUAAAAAUAAAGACUUUAACCUCCAAGCAGAGACUAAAAUGGUUACAAAUCUCCAUUUAUGAUAUCUUACUAUCCUUCAGGCCAACGCAUUAUUUCAUCUGUAUUCGGAACCCUACACCGGCGGCGGCGGAGUAACUGCCGGACGAAUUCAAAACCCUAAAAAUUAAUAAACCCUAGCUAUCUACAUGGCCGGAACAAUUAGGGAGCAAGCGUUACCGUUAAUUGCGGCGGCUAAUAACCAUGGUGACGUGGCAGUAAAGCUGUCUUCGUUGAUGCAAUUGAAAGAUAUAUUGUUAUCGGUAGAGCAAUCUCAAGUUGCUGAGCUUCUUCCUUAUUUAAUUGACCUUCAGUCUUCGCCUGAAACUCUCGUACGCAAAUGCCUCAUUGAGGUAAUUGAGGCGGUUGGGAUGAAAGCAAAGGAACAUUUGUUGGUGUUAAUGCCCGUAUUGUUUGCAUGCUUAAGAGAUAUGAAUUCUAUGGUGGCAAAGCAAUCAAUUAUAUCUGGCAUGAAAAUCUUUUCUGGCGUAUUGGAGGAGUUAUCAUCUCAGUUUCACCGGCAUGGUAUAGUUGAAAGGUGGCUUGAAGAGCUCUGGACAUGGAUGGUCAAGUUCAAGGAUGCUGUCUUUGGCUUUCUUUUUGAGGCAGGCCGUAUUGGUACGAAAUUGCUGGCGUUGAAGUUCCUUGAAACAUAUAUUUUACUUUUCACAUCAAGUGAUUCUGAAAAUUCUGGAGCUCAAGCUAAACAUGGAUGGACUUUUAAUAUUUCAUGGGUAGUUGGUCAUCACCCUGUUCUUGAUCCAGCUUCACUUACAUCAGAUGCAAAAAAUACCGUUGGCACUCUACUGGAUUUAUUACGCUCAGCUAGUUCUCUCCCUGGUUUACUAACCAUUUCUGUCAUUAAUAGUUUGGCAGUUAUAGCAAGGAGGCGACCUAUCCAUUAUAACUGCAUUUUUUCAGCAUUGCUUGAUUUUGAUCCAAACUUUGAGAUGACAAAGGGUGGACAUGCUGCCAGCAUUCAGUAUUCUCUGAGGACUGCCUUUCUAGGAUUCCUGAGGUGUACACAUCCUGCCAUUUUGGAGUCAAGAGAAAGGUUGUUGAAAUCGUUGCGAGCAAUGAAUGCUGGUGAUGCUGCUGAUCAAGUUCUUAGGCAACUCGAUAAAAUGAUGAGAAAUAAUGAGCGAGCUUCACGUGAUUCUAGAUUGAACAAGGAUGAGCUGUCAUCAAACCACUUGCCCAUUUCAGGUGAUCCAACAAAGAAGAGGUCAACUCUAUUAGAUAAUGAAGAUCCAUCUAAUAACUAUGAUUUAACUUCAAAAAGGGUUCACUAUGGUCCUAAUAAUCACAAUCACACAGCUCCGCUAGUUGAGAGAAAUGAAUCUGGGAAGGAAUAUGUCAAUGGGGUGGACCCAGCGGUUGCACAAAUAAUUGGCAUGAUUGGUGCUUUGCUAGCAGAAGGAGAAACGGGUGCCAAGUCUCUUGAAAUUCUAGUAUCCAAGAUUCCUCCUGAUUUGUUGGCUGACAUAGUCAUAACCAAUAUGAAGCACUUGCCUAAAAAUCCCCCUCCUUUGGCACGAUUUGGAAGCUUUUCGUUAGCUCGGGGAAGUGAUUCUAUUAAUCUAUCCCAAAUUAUGGCACCGAUUGAUUCCUCAUUAGGCCAACAGGCAUGGGUUCCUGGAUCCCAGACACCCAUCUCUUUAUCAACUGCCACAAGCAGUUCAUUAUCAGAAAUGCCUACUUCUGCAAGUCUCCCUUUAGAUUCAAAACGCGAUCCUAGAAGGGAUCCACGCCGCCUUGACCCAAGGCGUACAGCUGUGGCUGUUGAAGUAUCGCCGACACUUGUUGCAGAACAUAAUACAAGUGCUAUGCAAUCUGCAAUGCUGCAAUCUGAAAUCAAUCCUGCCAGUUCAUCUAAUAUUGACAUUGCAGUACCCUUGAUGUCAAGUUCUGAAUGUAUGCCAAUGGCAUUUCCCAAUAUGGAAACUGACCCUAUCACUGGUGAAAGUUCACUAGGACCAGGAGCCAGUCUGUCAGCCCCCAGGGAGGAAGUUUAUGAUGAAGACCUGAAUGAAGCUAUCCCUGAUCGCAAGUUGGAUGCUGCAACACACGUUCCACUAUCAUCUCCUGGCAAAGUAGAACAGGAAUUGGUGCCAGAAAUUCCAUCUGAAGUUGGAGUGACAAAUGAACUUUACUCUACUUCGUUAGAAACAGAUCAACUUUCGCCCCCCAUUUCAACUGCUGCAACCCCUGAAGAUGCAUGUGAGGACUUGCCUGCACUUCCACCAUUCAUUGAGCUGACUCAUGAGCAGCAAAGAAAUAUGGGAAAACUGGCUGUUGAACAGAUUAUUGAUUCGUACAAAAAAUUGAAAGAGACAGACAAUAAGCAUACAGGAAUGGCAUUACUUUCUCGGUUGGUUGCCCAGAUUGGUGCUGAUGCUGACGCUGAUGCUGAUGUAGUUGCGAUUAUGCAAAGGCAUAUUUUCUCAGACAACCAGCACCAGAAGGUACAUGAGCUUGCAAUGCAUGUACUUUAUCAUUUGCACUAUCUCAAGCUAUCAGAUUCAGAUGAAAACAUUUCACCUGCUGCUGCUCUAUAUGAGAAAUUUCUCCUCAGUGCGGCAAAAUCAUUGCUAGAUUCUUUACCAGCACACGACAAGUCAUUUAGUAGGCUCCUUGGUGAAGUUCCAUAUCUACCUGACUCUGUGAUGAGACUGCUAGUUGAUUUAUGCUCUGAAAAUUAUCUUGGGAAAGAUGGUCGUGAUGGUGACCGUGUAACUCAGGGGCUUGGUGCAGUUUGGAGUUUAAUUUUGGGGCGUCCGCCUAAUCGGCAAUCGUGCCUGGAUAUCGCUUUGAAGUGUGCUAUUCACCCUCAGGACGAUGUCAGAACAAAAGCUAUUCGCCUGGUGGCGAACAAACUUUAUGCGGUUGGUGACAUUUCAGAUAAUAUUGAGCAGUUUGCGAAGAACAUGUUCUUGUCAGCUGUACACCAGCAUGUCACAGAUGCAGAAUAUUCCCAGUCUGGAAUCUUGGUUCAGAGAACAGGAGAGACAGGAAAUCAGGAAGCCUCAGUGAGUGGUUCUCAGAUCUCAGAGUCAGGAUUCCUUGAAAAUGAUUCUAAGUGUGCAGCAUCUGAUUCUCAAAGUGAUUCAGAGUUGUCUUUAGCUCAAGCACAGCGGCUUAUCUCAUUAUUUUUUGCUCUAUGCACCAAGAAAUUCGGUCUUCUCCACCUUGUAUUUGAUACCUAUGCACGUUCUCCUAGGGCAGUUAAGCAGGCUGUUCACCGUCAUAUGCCUGUUCUUAUUAGGGCUAUAGGCUCUUCAUGUACUGAACUGCUUCAGAUAAUAUCUGAUCCACCUCAAGGCUGUGAGAAUCUUUUGACACAGGUGCUUCAAAUUCUCUCUGAAGGGACAACUCCUCCGCCUGACCUAGUUGCAGUUGUCAAGCGGUUAUAUGAAACUAAACUGAAGGAUGCUAGUGUUCUUAUUCCAGUGCUUUCCUCAUAUUCGAAGAGUGAGGUUCUACCUAUUUUCCCAAGGCUAGUUGCUCUCCCACUGGACAAGUUUCAGAUAGCCCUGGCUCGGAUAUUACAGGGUUCCGCCCACUCUGGUCCAGCACUGACCCCAGCAGAAGUAUUGGUUGCAAUACAUGAUAUAAAUCCCGAGAGAGAUGGCCUUCCACUAAAAAAGAUAACAGAUGCUUGCUCAGCUUGUUUUGAGCAGCGGACUGUUUUCACGCAGCAGGUCCUGGCGAAAGCCUUGAGACAGAUGGUAGAUCAGACUCCUCUCCCGAUGCUAUUCAUGAGGACAGUGAUUCAGGCCAUUGACGCCUUCCCUACUCUGGUUGAUUUUGUGAUGGAGAUACUCUCUAAACUCGUGAUUAGACAGGUAUGGAGGAUGCCAAAGUUGUGGGUUGGAUUCCUAAAAUGUGUCUCACAAACGCAACCACAUUCCUUUCCUGUACUACUACAGUUGCCACCACCACAGCUUGAGAGUGCUCUAAACAAAUAUGCUAGUCUUCGAAGUCCAUUGGUUGCCUUCGCAAAUCAGCCAAAUGUUAAAACUUCACUUCCUAGAUCAACCUUGGUACAACUUGGUCUUUUUAAUGAACCAAGCUUGCAGCAAUCACAUCUCUCAUCUACUGUGCGUGCCUCAGAGACGGGUGCUUCCGUUCAUGGAACAACAUUAACGUGAUAGUGCAACUUCUUAAAGCUGAGGAAAGAAUCAGUGGAAUACACCUAGGCACCAUUACUACUGCAGCCCCUCAUUACAACAAUGUGCUAUGAUUCUCCAGGGUCUGCGUACAUUGUGGCUAGGAUCUGCGCCCCUUAGAAGUCGGGCACAAUCUGCUGGCAACAAGAUGGCUCAUGGGAUGGCAGUGCCCAAAAGAUUAUGAGGAGAAAUCUCCCUUUGGAAAAUGUAUCAUAAGAUGUCAAUUUCCCUCGCGGUCUCUUAUCAGCUAUCCAUUUGUCAUUCAUUAAUUUGUUGCUUUAAAUGUCUGCCUGCAGGCAUCUGUUGAGGUGUCUGGCUUUAUGUAGUAGCAUAGCUGGUAGGUCAGGUUCUUUUUAGCCUUUUGUAUGAGGGAGGCGAGCCGGAAGUGUGUAAUUGUACUAUAGUUUUAUAGCCCCAACCCACUUCCCCCUCCCCCUACCCACUUGCCUCGCUUUUGGUUCAAGUAAAUGGGUUCGCUUAAGGAAAAAGGAUAAAGAAAAAUUAAAGGAUGCCACUUUCUAGUUUCUUCAGAGAAGCUCUCUGAGGAAAAGAUUAAAAGAAGAAAACAAGAGUUUAUUGGUGAAUGGGUGGCUGAUGUGGAACUUUUUUUAAAGGCAAAUUGACCGAUGAUUAAGUUAUUGAGCUGUAAAAUUUAUAUCCGGUAGCCAGUUCUAGGAUCAGUGAUUAAACCAGUGUUAGAAAUGUAACUGGAAAGUAGUAAGUUUUCAGUCGCAGAAACCUACCUGCCCUUAUUAGCUUCAUAUUCUCUGUUUUUCUGGACAAUAUUCUAGAGUUUCAUUUGUAGGAAUUGAAACUUCACGAAAGUCUUGGAGUUCUAUUUUUGCUAUUUGUUUUAUUUUAGGAAGUUACAAUUGUUAGUUUA